AUGUCGAAUGAAGGAAUCGAAUAUUCGGAAGUACAUAGAGUUUUGCUUACUUACAUAAUAUCCGUUCGAUAUAUCAGCCAUAAUGAAUUAGACCAGAAAUUUGGUACGAUUGUACAGAAGCUUAAUCCGGACCUAUUAAAUGAUAAGACAUUGGAAGAUGUUUUACAAGAGCAUAUAACAUCAAUAAAUAGUAAAGUUAGCUCGCAUGGACUUAAAAUUGACAAGAUCAGACAUCAGGUAUCGGGGCAGCUAUAUUAUGUGAUAAUUAAUACUGUAUCUAAUGAAGUGGUUAAAGGAAAUACAAAUUAUUCCGUAAACGAACUUGAUACAAUCAAACAAAUAGUAGAUGAACUAGUUGAGUCAAGUGGUAUAGAAUUUUCCAUUGGAGUUGUGAAUGCGACGCAAAAGGUUGCUGGUAGUUUAAACAAGACUAUGAAGGAAGCCGGGUCAGUGAUUACCAAAUUUAUUGAUGACGGAUGGUUUAGCCUUACAUUUAAAGAUCGAUUAAUAUUGUCUAUACGAUCACUAAGUGAAUUAAAACGAUACUUGAUAGAUAGAUAUGGAAUAAGUAAUUCAGAAUCUAAUGGCAAGAUAUUUAGUUGCCACCAAUGCAAUGAAAUUAAUACUUUGGGAAUUGGCUGCCCUGUGGUUGAUUGUCAAAUAAACUUUCAUUACAAGUGCUUAGAUAUUUAUAUGAGGAAUGAAUCUAAUAAGGGAAGAUGUCCCAACUACUCUAAUUGUUCGUACAAUUGGCCAGGAAAUGAAUUAUCAAAUAUGGAUCCGACAAGGAUCGGGGUUGAUCCAAAUUCGUUGUAUAAUUAA